AUGCUCAGGCAAAUAAAUCGAAAUACAUUACAAAAGUCAUUGCUUAAUAAGGUGCCCUCUGUUAGCACUAAACAUGGUAUGACUACAGUCAAGAAUACACGGCUCUUAAGCUUGUCUUCGAGAUCACCUUUUAUUUCAACAACUUCAAAGGUAUCAAGACCAACCUACUCCGUACCUUCAUUGUCCUCGCUACACUUUUCCCACAUAGAUGUCACCCUUCAAAAGCGGUCCUACGUUCAAAUGAGGAUGGACCCUAAACAAGGUGAACAACAACAAAACCCAUUAGAGCAAUUUGGUACUAAUCUGACGCAGCUAGCUAAAUCAGGGAAAUUAGAUCCUGUAAUCGGCAGAGAUGAUGAGAUUGCAAGAGCCAUUCAAAUCUUAUCACGUAGAACUAAGAAUAACCCCGUAUUGAUCGGUAGAGCUGGUGUUGGGAAAACUAGUUUGAUUGACGGGCUAGCUCAAAGAAUCGUUAGCGGUGAAGUCCCUGAAUCUUUGAAAGAUAAACAAUUGAUCACUUUAGAUUUGGGAUCUUUGAUCGCUGGUGCUAAAUAUAGAGGUGAAUUUGAAGAAAGAUUGAAGAGUGUCUUGGAUGAAAUAGAUAAGAGACAAGGGGAAGUUAUUAUUUUUAUCGAUGAAGUUCAUAUGUUGCUGGGUUUGGGGAAAUCUGACGGGAGUAUGGACGCUUCAAAUAUCUUGAAACCAAAAUUAGCUAAGGGGUUGAGAUGUAUUUCUGCUACUACCUUAGACGAAUUUAAGAUUAUUGAAAAGGACCCUGCAUUGGCUAGAAGAUUUCAACCUAUUAUAUUGAAUGAACCCUCUGUAUCAGAUACAAUAUCAAUCUUAAGAGGGUUGAAAGAAAGAUAUGAAGUUCAUCAUGGGGUAAGAAUCACGGAUACAGCUUUGGUUUCUGCAGCUGUUUUAUCCAAUAGAUAUCUUACUGAUAGAUUCCUACCGGAUAAGGCUAUUGAUCUUGUUGACGAAGCUUGUGCUGUUCUAAGAUUACAACAUGAAUCUAAACCAGAUGAAAUCCAAAAAUUGGAUAGAUCAAUCAUGAAAAUCCAGAUUGAACUUGAAUCAUUAAAAAAGGAAACUGACCCAGUUUCGGUAGAAAGAAGAGAGGCAUUAGAAAAGGAACUAGAGUUGAAAAAUGAUGAAUUAAGUAGAUUAACGAGAAUUUGGGACGAAGAGAAAAAGGAAAUUGAAUCAAUCAAAAAUGCAAAGGCUGAUUUAGAACAAGCUAGAAUUCAAUUGGAAAAAUGUCAAAGAGAAGGUGAUUAUACAAAAGCUUCAGAAUUACGUUAUUCUAGGAUCCCAGAAUUAGAAAAGAAAGUUCAAUCCAGCGAAAAACAAUCAGAUUCAGAGAAGGUGAGUUUGCUACAUGAUUCAGUGACAUCCAAUGAUAUUUCUAAAGUUGUUGCCAAAAUGACUGGUAUUCCAACUGAAACUGUUUUGAAAGGAGAUAAAGAUCGUUUGUUAUAUAUGGAAAAUUCAUUAAAAGAACGUGUGGUUGGCCAAGAUGAAGCUAUCUCCGCUAUCGCUGAUGCAGUAAGAUUACAAAGAGCAGGAUUGACAAAUGAAAAGAGACCUAUUGCAAGUUUUAUGUUUUUGGGCCCCACAGGUACAGGUAAAACAGAAUUAACUAAGGCAUUGGCCGUAAUUUUUAUUGAUGAUGAAUCCAACGUGAUUAGAUUUGACAUGUCUGAAUUCCAAGAAAAGCACACAGUUUCUCGUUUGAUUGGUGCACCUCCGGGUUAUGUUUUAAGUGAAUCAGGUGGUCAAUUAACGGAAGCUGUCAGAAGGAAACCAUAUGCAGUUAUCUUAUUUGAUGAAUUUGAGAAGGCUCAUCCAGAUGUCUCAAAAUUGUUAUUACAAGUCUUAGAUGAAGGUAAAUUAACUGACUCACUUGGCCACCACGUUGAUUUCCGGAAUACUAUUAUUGUGAUGACUUCGAAUAUUGGACAAGAUAUACUCUUAGAGGAUACAAAUAUUGGUGAAGAUGGGAAAAUAGAUUCACCUACAAAACAAAAAGUUAUAGAAGCUAUGAAGAGAUCAUAUCCACCUGAAUUCAUUAAUCGUAUUGAUGACAUUUUAGUCUUCAAUAGAUUAUCUAAGAAUGUAUUAAGAUCGAUUGUGGAUAUUAGAAUCAAAGAAAUACAAGAAAGAAUAAAUGAUAAGAGGAUGCAACUUUCGUUAAGUGACGAAGCAAAAAUGUGGUUGACGGAUCACGGUUAUGAUGCAUUAUAUGGUGCUAGACCAUUGAAUAGAUUAAUUCACAAGGAAAUAUUAAACCCUAUGGCUACAUUUUUAUUGAAAGGACAAAUUCGUAAUGGAGAAACGGUAAAUAUUACCGUACAAGAUGGUAAGUUAGUUGUCGAGCCGAACCAUGAAAACGGAGAGCUUUUAGAAGAAGAGAAAGAAAAAUAA